AUGCCGCCAAUGGUGCCGAACGGCCAGUACCCGGCGCCAUUCCCGGGUUCACAACCACAAUAUAACGGGGUGGCUCCACAACAGUCAAUGCCGUUUCCUGGUGUGCAAUCCCAAUAUUCCGCACCAGCUCCACAAAAGUUCGCGGCCCCACCAUCAGCAGCACCAUUACAGCCACAGUUUUCGGGACCACCUGGGCUACCACAACCGCCUCAAGGAGUACUAUCUCAACCUCAAGGAGUACCUUCUCAGCCGCAAUAUAAUGCCGGAGUACCUAAUGGAGUAGCACCAGCAGCACCACAGAGUUUCUCAGGGCCGCCUGUAGGACUACCUCAAGGAGUACCAUCUCAGCCUCGGGGGGUACCAUCUCAACCUCAAAGUGUACCAUCACAAUCACAGUUUUCGGGACCACCUGGCCUACCGCAGGCACCUCAAGGAGUACCUUCUCAAUCACAAUAUGGAGGACCGCCUUCAGGUGUGCCAUCUCAACCUCAAUAUGCUUCUCAACAAAAAUACCCAGCACCAGGUGCACCACAAUAUCCAGGAAUGCCUUCGCAACAACAAUAUCAAUCUCAUAAUCAACAACAGUACUCUGGAAUGCCACCACAAUAUCAAGGUACGCCACAACAGGGUCCAUAUGGAGCUCCGCCAGGCAUGUACGGCGAUGUACCACAACAGGAGAAAAGAUAUGUGGACCUGAUGUUCGAGAGGAACUUGUUGGGAUACCCAUUUGAUGAGAAUGUCAUCAGGCUGCCGGAUACUGUAUGUAAUCCUCAGACUGUAAUGGAUCCAAAGUAAGCUUUUAGAUUUAUCGUUUUUGCUUUUUAGGUAACAUCUUUGGAGAAUUUUUAUAAUAACAUGUUUAAUUAUGAAAUAUUUCUAGAAUAUUUCGAUCCACCGUGUCUGCCGUGCCAGAAACUCAAGAGAUUUUGAAGAAAACUCGGAUUCCAUUCGGCUUAACUCUACAUCCUUUUCGCGACAUGAAGAAUUUGACUGUUAUCAAUACGAAUAUUGUCAGAUGUCGCUACUGUCGAACCUACAUUAAUCCUUAUGUAAUGUUGACGGAUAAUCGACACUGGAAGUGUAAUUUGUGCUUUAGAGUCAACGACUGUAAGUUGUUUUAUCUUUUUUUUGGUUUUUAGGUAACAAAAGAGUAAUCUUUGGGAAAUCGAAGAAAUAAAGUGUUAAUUAGGAGUUGGAUUUUGCGAUUUUUUAAAAACUUUAUAUUAUUUUUUAAAUUUUAUUAAAAUUACGAGCUUUUGAACUUUUGUAGGUAACAAAUUGAAGAAAACGAUAAAGAAUAGCUUGUUUUUUGUAUUUUUAGGUAAUAGAUAAGAAGAAAACUAUAAUACAGUGUUUAAAGCAAUAUGUAAAGGACGUAUUUUCAGUGCCAGACGAUUUUUGUUUUGAUCCGGUGAAACGACGACCAGGAGAUCCACGAGACCGACCAGAGUUGAACAACUCGACCAUCGAGUACAUUGCCCCACAAGAGUACAUGCUCAGACACCCCCAACCGGCUGUCUACCUAUUUGUGUUUGAUGUGUCGGCUUGUGCUGUUGAAUCAGGUAGGUUAUUGAAGAGAUUUUGUUGUUUACAUUGUCAUUUUAAUAUUACUUUGUGUAUUUUUUUGGCAUUUUAAAAAAAUGCUUAAGAUUUUUUGGGGUUUUGCCUUUAAAAAGUAGGUACAUCAGAUUUUUUAAAAUUUAAAAUAAUUUAUUUUGCUUAAAAUUCGGACUUUUUUUUGAAUACUGAUGUCUAUAUUGUUGUAGGCUACCUUCAAACAAUGUCCGAACAGCUAGCUCUUAACCUAGAUCGCCUACCCGGAGAUGAUCGCACAAUGGUUGGAUUCUUGGCGUUUGAUGCUAGUCUUCACUUUUUCGAAUUCUUUUCUUCAUCUCAAGCACCACGACAGCUGAUUGUCACUGACAUUGACUCCAGCUUCCUCCCAGUACCAUCAGGCCUACUUGUAAACCUAAAAGAGUACCGUGAAACUAUUCGAGCCUUUGUCAACAGAAUUCCACAAAUCUUUGACGAACCGACGACUCGUGAGAACGGUCUAGGAACGGCGGUGGAAAUUGCUCAGAAAAUGUUGCUACAGAUGGGUGGCAGGAUAUCAGUGUUCACAGCAUCUAGGCCCAAAGUUGGUCAAGGCGUGCUAAAGCCAUUGGAUCCGCAGGCUAAAACUCCCAUGGGUACUACGAGUGAUUUCUACAAAAGAUUGGCCUUGGAGUGCACAUCGAAUCAAAUUGGCGUGGAUUUGUUCGCUUUCAAUAGGGAGUAUGCUGACAUUGCGACGUUGGGUAAGUUGUUGAUAUAUCAGGUUCAAAUAAUUCUGUGCUUCAUUUCAAAGCAAAUUUUUGUGGUUAGGGGCACAAAAUUAUUUGAAAAUUCUACAGGUUUAGAGAGAGGGAUGUGGUAAUACUUUUAGCUUUUCUCAAAAAGGUUAUUGGGCUGAGGCUGAUAAGGAAUUUAAAAAGUUAGCAAUGAGAGCUUCUUGGAGGUGUAAAAUGAAGUGAUGAACAUUUUUUUAGCCGAUGCGGUCAAGUUCAGCAGCGGCACGGUAUAUCAUUUCUCUCAUUAUGAUCACAUCAGAACGCCGCUUGAGGUGGAACGAUUCAGGAAGCUGUUCUGUCGAUAUAUUACGAGGAAGAUUGGUUUUGAAGCUGUUUUGAGGAUUCGGUGUUCUAAAGGUAAUGAUGUUUAACUUUUUUUUAAAUUUUUGAGAUUUUGAUUUUUUUUCUUGAUUUUUAAAAGUUUAAAAAUCCAAAUUGUUUAAAAAUAAAAAAAUUUGGUGAUUUUUGAAGGUUUUUUUUAAAAUUUUUAAUGACAACUUUUUAUUUGUGAUGCAGAUGAAAUAAAAUAUGGGCUUGAUGCUUAUGAACAUGAUUUUAGGUCUUGCUCUACAUACAUUCCAUGGUAACUUCUUCGUACGUUCGACGGAUCUGUUGGCUGUAGCUAAUGUAAAUCCAGACAGCUCUUUGUCUGUUCAAGUACAAUACGAAGAGGACUUGAGUAAUCAAGCAACUGCUUCUUUCCAAGCUGCACUGUUGUACACGUCUUCGAAAGGUAGGUUAUGAACACUUAUAAUUUUGAAAUUAAAAGAUUUUAAAAUUUCAAAAAAUGGUUUGUUUAUUACUAUUAGGUUGUUCUAAUGGGCACAUAAUUAUUUGUACAAUCCAGUAUAAUAAAACGUAUUAUUUUUGGCUUUUGUCGGCUUUCAAAACUAUUUUCAUCCUUUUUUAGGCGAUCGCCGUAUUCGAGUACACACCCUAUGCCUCCCAAUCACCAAAGACAUACCGUCGAUCUUCAGCAACUUUGAAACCCGAGCUUCGAUUGGAAUGUUGACUAAAAUGGCAGCGGAACGAGCGAUUACAGGAGCCGACUCAUCGGAUGUUAGGGAAGCCUUGAUCAACGGUGUUGUGGACACUUUAUCAGCCUACAACAGAUCAAUUGGACUAAAACCGAACUCAUUAUGUGCACCAGUUCACGGACAACUCAAGUUUUAUCCUCUGCUUGUGUUGGGAAUGCUUAAACAUGUAGGUUUUUUGAAAUUUGCGGUUAAAAUGAUGUUGUUUUAGGCGUUUUGGGGGUAUUUUUAUUUUUGGUGUUUUUGAAAUGCUUUUUGGAAUUAAAAUUAUAAUUUUUGGUAAUAUUAUGGUAUUUGCCAUUUGUUAUUAUUACUUUGUUAUUUUAGGCCGCGUUUUCUGGCCGAUCGAACCUAAACCGUGACGAAUUGGCCGCCACCUUGUUGUUGUUGAAGAACUCGUCACUGGAGUUGAUCCUAAAUGAAAUGUAUCCAGUUUUGUAUCCGAUUCACGAACUGUCCGAAGCCGUCGAAGUACCACGACUCGGAUUGUCGUACGAACGAAUUCAAAAAGACGGUGUAUAUCUGAUGGAUGCGGGUAGAAUUGUCAUUAUUUAUGUCACAGUCAGAACUCGACCUGAGGUUUUGACAAGUUUGUUUAAUGUAUCGUCGUUUGGUCAAUUGGAUGAGAAUGUAAGGUUUUGUUACUUAAAAUAGCUUUUGGGAAAUUUAAAGUGGUUUUGAGAGGGUUAAAAGGGGGAAAAGACGAGCUUUUAAGGUUUUGUUAAAUAAAUUAAUAUUCUUCGUUUGCAGCAACCAUUCGAAGUCCUACCAAACGACCACAGCAAACGAGUACAUGACCUGAUCAAAGCCUUAAACCUAAAACGAUGCCAUUACUCGCCAGUCCUUGUGUGCCGUGAAGACGGAGAACGACGACUCUUAUUCACACAACGACUAGUCGAAGAUCGAACCGAAAACGCUCACAGCUACGUGGAGUUUGUUCAACAUAUCACACGAGAGGUACAACGGUGA